AUGGCUUCACCGGAGACGACUAUAAGGAUUGGCUAUGUGCCAGAGCACUACUUGACCCCCCUCCACCUUGCUCUCAAGUCGGCUAUUUCCUCUCUUCCAUUCAAAGUGACUAUCAAGCCGUUUCCGUCUGGGACGGGACAUAUGAUAACCUCCCUCCGCGAAAAUGAAAUUGACAUCGGUAUCGGGCUGACUGAGGGCUGGGUAGCCGGGCUGGUAGGCAAGACGCAAUUGGAAAGGGGUGACGUAGAUGGAGGUUAUAAAAUGGUAGGGCAAUGGGUGGAAACACCACUGAGAUGGGCAAUCGUGACAGGCAGAAAUCGAAACGAUGUUAACAGCGUGAACGACUUGAAAGGGUCCCGAGUGGGAGUGAGCCGAUUAGGGAGUGGCUCUCACAUCAUGUCAUUCGUUCUAUCGCAACAGCAGAGCUGGCCGUCGGUUUCCUCGCCACUUACCCCUGUUAUCCUAGGGCCUUUUCCUUCACUUCGGGAUGGAGUUACCGGCCACAGCCCCGCAUCCCAAGGUACCUCCCCUUCAGAACCGCCUGCUGAUUUCUUCAUGUGGGAAGAGUUCACUACGAAGCCAUUUUUCCACCCAUCGGAAUCAUCCCCGAGCCCACAACUGAAGAAGAUUGGAGAAAUAUUCACGCCCUGGCCUUCAUGGCACAUUGCUGCUUCAACCUCCACGUUUCCUUCUCCAGCACAGGAUGUGCGACUCUCCCAACUUUUCGAGGCAUUGGACAGUGGCAUUGCUGCCUUUGAGGCCGACAGAGAGCACGUGGUCAGGUUGUUGGGUACGGGGGACUUAGGUUGCAAAUAUAAUGACGCUGAUGCUAGGGAGUGGCUUAAGGAUGUACGAUUUGUGAAGGGUGGGACAAGAGGGGUUGAUAAUUCUGUGGUUGAUGGGGUUAUCAAUAUUCUCAAAGUCGCAGAUGUCGUCCCCAAGAAUAUUGGAAAUAAAGAUGCUAUUGAGAAAGUCGUGGGGAUUUUUAAAUAG